GGCAACGAGCUGACGUCAGUGUGGUGGGCGAAGAGGUGUGCUUUCAGAGAAGGUGUGGAGAAGAGAGAGAUUAAAGGAGCGAGCAUCAUGUACCCGAGAUACAGGUUUUGGAAGCUCUGGAAUAUUCCUUCCAAUCUCGUAAGAUCAUGUACCUCACUGUCUGCGAGUUUGCAUCCUGGGGGAUGUUUUCCAGACCUGACUGAAGUUCGGUCGAAGCUGGAGGAAAUCGUUGGUGCGUCUAAAAACUGGAGUGAACAUCUAGAAUCUCUGAAGGAAAGAGCUUCAUUAAGCAAUCAACUGGUGAGCAAGCAGGAGGAUUUGCCUUAUCGACGAAUGAAAGACAGUUACCUAGAGGCUUAUCUGCCAUUGGGAAGCCAACCCAAUUUGAGAGAGAAAUACCUGAAUGUUCAUAAGCAUGUAAGAUUUGGCAGGAUUCUUGAAGACCUUGACUCAUUUGGAGUUUUGAUUAGCUAUACUCAUGCCAAAACUGACAGUCCUAGAAGUCACAUUUCUAUUGUCACUGCCCUUGUUGAUGAAAUAGAUCUUGUCAAAAAGAAAAUACGACCAGACUGCGACCUGAAAUUCACUGGUAAUGUCACCUGGGUCGGGAAGAGUUCCAUGGAAGUCCAGAUGCAUGUAUCACAGUAUCACGAUGAUGUUUACAAUCCCGUCUUAGAUGCUACUUUUGUGAUGGUUGCACGAGAUCCUGCAAAUAAAGGUGCAGCUGUGAUUAAUCCAUUGAAACCUGAAGGUCCAGAGGAGGAGAAUCUCUUUAAACAAGGGAACUUGAACAAAGCAAAACGAACCAAGCUCAAGGAGACCUCAUUAUUGAAAACAGCGCCGAAUGAGGAAGAGAGAAAAAUUAUUCACAAUAUGUUCCUUGGGACUCUGGAUAUGCGGACUGUAAGCUUCCGCAGUCGGAUAUUACCAGAGAAUUCAGUGUGGAUGGACCAAACAAAGCUUAAAAGUCUAGAAAUAUGUCAUCCACAGGAACGUAAUAUUUUCAACAAAAUCUUUGGUGGGUUUCUGAUGAGGAAAGCCUUUGAGUUAGCUUGGGCAAAUGCAUGUGUCUAUGGGAAUUCGCGGCCUCAUGCAGUCGCUGUCGAUGACAUCUUGUUUCAGAAACCAGUUGAGAUUGGGUCCCUGCUGUACCUUUCAUCACAGGUUUGUUACACUGAAGAUAAAUACAUCCAGGUCAGAGUGCACAGUGAAGUUGUAGACCCACUCACAAAAGAGCACAGCACCACCAAUAUCUUCCAUUUCACCUUUGGUUGUGAGACACAAGUGAAGCAGGUUGUCCCUAAGACUUACGGAGAAUCUAUGCUUUACUUGGAUGGAAAACGACACUUUAAAGCACGAGUCAUCAAAAACUGAAGUCUGGCAAACCAGCCUCUGUCUAAAUAGACAGUCUGAAUAUUAGUAAUAUCAGUCUAAAAUGCAGGAUUUUAUAUUGUUCUUGCAUAUUAGGUCAUUUUUCAUUUAAAAACUGCUUUUGUAUUUUUCUAACUAUAUUUAAAUAUCUUGCAGUUGCUUCACUAAUUUUAAUAGUAUGACAUUGCUUAAGAAGUUUGCAGUAUACGGUAUAGGAGAAACAUGUAUUUAACUGCUAAGCUACAUAACAGAUUGUCAUUAUUGUGUUGCUGAAGGGUAGAACUGACUAUUUCUGAUUACAGUGCACACGAACUA